GCCUCUAGAGGGCAGUAUGCCAUCACAUGAGCAGCAAAUUAAUGAAGAAUUGUGUUUUGGUUCGUCGAUAAUUUUAGAGUGUUUUAAUUUGCAAAAUGUCGUAUUCUAAAAUAUUAGAAGAAAGCACCGAAGAAAAUAGUGAAAUUGGCAAUGCAUCGUACGGCUUACCACCAACUAAUAAGUUUGACCAGGAAGCAAACGAGGUCAGAAAGAAUAGGGUCAAUUGGCAGUCAUAUGUUCAGAGCCAAAUGAUUACACAAGAAGAAUUUGAAUUCAUAGUGCAAUAUAACAACCAGACAAGCGAGAGACGAGAUGAGGUGAUUAAGCAAAGAGGUGCUGCUUGUGCUAAGAUAUUCCUAAGUUUGAUCAAUCACAUUGCCCGUGAACAUACCGUUCGUUACCUGCUCACUCUGAUUGAUGAUCUUCUUAAAGAGAAACCAGAACGUGCAAGUAUAUUCUUUGAGAAUGCUAAAAAGUCAAAGGGCAAAACUACAGCAUGGUCUCAAUUCCUUAAUAUGCUUAACAGAGAGGAUAAAUACACCAUUAAUCAGGCAUCAAGGGUGAUAACAAAGCUUGCAUGCUGCACACGUGAACGGAUGAGUGGAAAUGAUUUGAAAUUCUACCUGAGUUGGAUCCGAUCACAACUGACAUUCACAGGAAAUGAAUACAUGCAGACAACGGCGCUAUGCCUGCAACAGAUGUUGAAACACAACGAAUAUCGAGUAGCAUUCGUAGAAAACGAUGGACUUGUCACGCUACUGAAUGUUUUGUCAGGUAAAGUAAGCUUCCAGUUACAAUAUCAACUCACGUUCUGUAUCUGGAUGCUCUCCUUCAACCCUGACCUCUGUGGCCAAAUUAACAAACAUAAUGUUAUACCAGUACUUGCUGAUAUCUUAACAGAGACAACCAAGGAAAAGGUUAGCCGCAUAAUUCUUGCUGUUUUUAGGAAUCUAGCUGAGAACCCAACAGAAAAAGAAAUCAAGGCAGAGAAUGCCUUGUCAAUGAUUCAGUGUAAGGUGCUAAAACAGUUAGAGGUUCUUGAAGGCCAGAAGAUUGAAGAUGAAGACAUCAUCGAUGACAUUGAAUUUCUCAUUAAGAAACUACAGAUGAGUGUCCAGGACCUGAGUUCCUUCGAUGAAUACUCUUCUGAGGUCAAGUCUGGACGCCUUGAAUGGAGUCCUGUCCACAAGAGUGAAAAAUUCUGGAGAGAGAAUUCUAGCAGGCUAAAUGAAAAGAACUAUGAGCUAUUGAAGAUACUUACAAAACUUCUAGAAACUUCUAAGGAUCCCCUCAUUCUGGCUGUCAGUGCUCAUGAUCUUGGGGAAUAUGUCCGGCAUUAUCCACGAGGAAAAAAUGUGAUAGAGCAACUGGGUGGCAAACAGCUUGUAAUGCAGUAUAUGAUUCAUGAAGAUCCUAAUGUACGCUACGAGGCACUGCUAGCUGUACAGAAAUUAAUGGUUCACAAUUGGGAAAUGCUUGCAAAAAGUAUAUAGAGGUGAAUCAACUUACUUUAAUCUGUAGAGGGAAUAUUUAGGAAAAACAUUACAGCAGGGCACAAGCUAAGAAGACGGGAAUGAAGUCGUCAAAGAAGCAUUUAGAUAAAUCUACAACAUAAGUUAAUGUGUCAGUGGCCAUCAGUGUAACUGUAGCUUUAUGUACAUUUUACUUAGCCUUGUACUCGUGAAUAAAGUUGUGUUAAGUUGAUCAAAAUUUACCUUUUUGAACCUAGCAUAUCAUCAACACAAAAUCUGCAGUUAUUAUGAUAUGGCUAUAUUUAUGGUGACAUAAAAAAUGUGAUGAAACUAUAUAAACAUGUGGAUCACUGUGGUUGAACCUUUUUUGUGAAGUGAUGAUUGGUGGGUCUGAUCUGGCUCUUUCUUCUUUAUGUCAAUGUGAAUAUAUCCAUGUCAUUAUAAUAAACAUUUAUUCUUUAUUCAUUUUAUACUAUAUUUUAAAAUGCAGUACUCUAUCAAUCAAUCUUUCAUUCCAUGUAUAUGGUGCCAUUCAAAAAAGAGAGUCUUGAGUAGUGCAUCUGGCAUUCUCUAGCAAAUUUCUGUUUACUAAAGGUACUGUACCCUUUCUCAGAGUGGAUUGUCUAUGCGACGUCAUUUUCCAUAAUUGAUUAGCUGCGUCUGAAGAUAAUGACAAUGUACCCUGGCAUUUUGGUGAUAGUUUGUCUUCUCUUCUGUGAUUGGAUUUAAUUAAAAAUGGUUCGAAAUGAAAAUUGUGGCAUAUACCUUGAGUUUCUGAAGCAUUGUCUACACUCACAUUUUAUGUGACAGAUUUGUGUGAUAGGCCCAUACUGUAUUUGAGCAUCAUGAUGCCAUAUUACACCAAAAUAUGGGCAUAUUACAGUUUUCUGUCGCAUACAAUUUGAUAGUGUGGAAAAAGCAAUACAUUGCAGAAAAAAACAUGUCUACAUUUUGUAAUGUGAAUCAGUCUUUAAGAAACUAAAUAUAUUGUAAACCCUAGCAAGUCUGUAUGUAAAUGUUAUUUUUUUUUAAACUCAUUCGAGUGGCUUUAUAAGAUGUUUUGUUAUUGAUGUUUGUGAAGCAUUGGUAAAAUAUCAGAUAAAAUAUUAAUUAUAUAUUACAUUAAAGCUAUAAAGAUGUGUAUCAAAAUACGAUAUAAAGAUAAAUGUUUUAAUUAAUAUAACAAAUUUAUUGUAUUAAAUUUAUAUUAUUGUGAAAUUUAGUGGAAGCUUUGGUUAUCAUCAGUAUUAAAGAACUGUAAUGUGAAAAUUAGUUUUUUUUUAAAUUUUGGGAUAUAGUAAAAAAGCAGAUACAUUACAAAGCAGGAAAGUUGAAUAUCAUUUCUUAGGUUCUAUUGUAUGUUGGUAUACAAAUAAUAUACUGUUGGGGUUUUAUUUAGGAACCUGCUGUAUCAGUAAUAUAAUAUAUAAUGUUUAUAUAAAUUAAGGGUAGGCAUACAUCUAUCAUAGGAUUAGUGUUGAUCUGUUGUAUAGAUUAUUGGUGAAUAAAUUGGUAAAUAUAUUAUGAACAAA